GAUCAGUCUGCCUCCACCCUGGAAUAUGUUUUCAUUUUGUCUUCAGCAUCGUUGAACCACACACACACAAACACGCACACACCCACACAUACACACACACACAGGGCUGGGUCUUCUCCUCUUCAUCACUUGGACUACACUGAGAGUAGUGAGGACUGAGCACAGGCUCUAAGCGAACUUUGCUCUGAAGGAUUUAAGCCACUAUUUCUGAGGAAAUGAACUGAACCGUUCCAACAAUGACGGUUUCAGGGACCCCGAGCCCGGCUCACCCUCUCUGGAUCUGGUACAGCUGGAAAGUUCUGGUUCUGCUUUGUGUUUACUUCCACACCAACCUGAGCUCUUUGCUCGACUGCCAUCCCAGCUGUUCCUGUUCCUCCUCAGAGAUUUUCUGCAACAGAUCGGACAGCAGUCAGUUCUUCCCGCUGCUGUCCCUGCCGGGCUCCGAGGCCAACAUCAGUGGGACUCCCGAGGAGCUGGUCCAGAACAUCACCACCAUACACAUUGAGAACUGGGUUGGUCUGCAGAACCUGAGGGAUGUGGACAUGGAGAUUUACCCAGGCUUACAGAGGCUAACUAUUACCAGGAGCAGCCUGCGCACCAUCCAGGCCAGUGUGUUCUUCAGAAACCCCCACCUGCGCUACAUAAACUUGUCCAAGAACCCCCUGUUAAGAACACUGUCCUGGAGGGUCUUCCAGCACCUGCAGCUGUCUGAACUGCAUUUAGAGGAGGUGGCGUUUACCUGUGGCUGUGAGAUUCGCUGGUUGCAGCUAUGGCAACAGAGAGGAGAAGCAGGGCUUAGCGGCCAACAACUGUACUGUUCAAGUGAAGGCAGGAAUAUACCUCUACAGAAUAUGAACAUCAGCAACUGUGACCUACCUGUUAUCAGUGUGAGCCACAUCAACCUGACAGUUGUUGAAGGUGAUCGAGUAACUGUGAUCUGUAAUGGCUCUGGAUUUCCCCUUCCUGAGGUGGACUGGCCUGUAAAUGACUUACAUUCUAUAACUGCACAGGAGGCUAGAGUGUAUGAAAACAGUAUUCACUCUAUCAACAUAACUCUGGUUAAUGUGAGCAGAGAUGACAACAAUUAUCCUCUUACAUGCACGGCUACCAACAUUGUUGGGAUGGUCAGUGCUCCUGUUCAGCUCACUGUUCACUUUCCUCCGAUGAUUGUAAAGCUAAAGGAACCAGAGCGUCGCCAUGACACGUGCAUCGAGUUUACUGUUCGUGGUUCACCACAUCCAACUUUAAGAUGGUUCCACAAAGGGGAGGCAAUGAAUCACACUGAUUAUGUGCGACCUGAUAUGGAUAUUUACCAGGAUGACAUAGAGGGAUGCCUUACUUUUAAAAACCCGACACAUGAAAAAAAUGGCAACUAUACAUUACAGGCGACCAACUACCUGGGUGUGGCCAUCAGCACUGUGUAUGGCCACUUCCUCGAUGAUCCCUUUGGCGGCCUAGAGCCAGAGGACUAUUACACUGUUUCUGUGACUCCUGAGACUGACAAAUCAAAGGAAGAUCCUUUGGGCCUUUUUGGGAUUCACAUGGCAGUGGGUCUGGCCGGGGUUGCCGGCGUAAUCCUGAUACUCGUUGUUCUCAUCAACAAGCAUGUUCGACGAUCUAAGUUCAGCAUAAAAAGUCCAGGAGCAGUGAUGAGUGGUGAGGAGAACUCUACCAGCCCUCUUCAUCACGUUAACCAUGGGAUCAUUAGUCCCUGUGCUCUGGAUGUUGGACUGGACUCUGUGGCCAUCGGAAUGAACAGGAUCCCCAUCAUAGAAAACCCACAGUACUUCAGACAUGGACACAACUGCAACAAAUCAACCACCUAUGUUCAGCAUAUCAAACGACGGGACAUUGUUCUGAAGCGGGAGCUUGGAGAGGGAGCCUUUGGGAAAGUCUUCCUGGCAGAAUGUUACAACCUGAGUCCUACCAAAGACAAGAUGCUGGUAGCUGUCAAGACUCUAAAGGACCCCACACAGGCAGCCAGGAAGGAUUUCCAGCACGAGGCAGAGUUACUGACCAACCUUCAGCACGAGCAUAUAGUCAAGUUCUAUGGAGUGUGUGUGGAUGGAGACCCUCUCAUCAUGGUCUUUGAGUACAUGAAACAUGGAGAUCUGAACAAGUUUCUCAGAGCUCAUGGACCUGAUGCAAUGAUCCUGGUUGAUGGGCAGCCUCUGCAGACCAAUGGAGAGCUGGGCCUGUCUCAGAUGCUUCACAUAGCAAGUCAAAUAGCUGCUGGGAUGAUCUAUCUGGCGUCUCAACACUUCGUCCACCGUGACCUGGCAACCAGAAACUGCUUGGUGGGGAAUGGCUUUCUGGUGAAGAUUGGGGAUUUCGGCAUGUCCAGAGACAUUUACAGCACAGAUUAUUACAGGGUGGGAGGUCACACCAUGCUGCCUAUUCGCUGGAUGCCUCCAGAGAGUAUUAUGUACAGGAAGUUCACCACAGAGAGUGAUGUGUGGAGUUUUGGAGUCAUUCUGUGGGAGAUAUUCACUUAUGGCAAACAGCCGUGGUUUCAGCUUGCAAAUAAUGAGGUAAUAGAAUGUAUUACUCAAGGAAAGGUGCUGGAGUGCCCAAGACUGUGCCCCAAGGAAGUCUAUGACAUGAUGCUGGGCUGCUGGCAAAGGGAGCCACAACAACGCCUUGUCAUAAAGGACAUUCAGAGGAAGCUCUUCACUCUGAUGAAAGCUGCACCAGUUUAUCUGGAUAUACUCGGAUAAGGACAGAUACACUGGAGCAGAUUAUUAUUUAUCUGGAUAUAAUCUGAUGCAUCUCAAUAAACCAGGCAGAAAAACCUGGGAAAAAAGUAAAGUAGGUACUCUGGAUAGGUUCUUUGUUGAAAAAAAAAAACGUUUUAUCUCUCCUCCAAGAUACUUCUUCAUUCUGAGGAGUUACAGGUAAACUCAGCUUUCAACAUGGUGGACAAACAAAUUUAACAAUGACAAUCAAACUGGUUUUUCACAUACAAAAGUGGAUAUAAGCCUAGCAAUCGAAUAUUAGUGCCCUAAGUAAGGCUGAGUUUACCUGAAACUCCUCAGACUGAAGACGUUUCUUGGAGGAGAGACAAAAUGCUUUUUUACAGAAGACCUACUUAUUAUUAUUUUUAGAUUAUCUGGUUGUACUUGGAUAAGGACAUAAACGCUGGAACAGAUUAGAAUUUAUCAAAGAAAAGUUCUCAUACAGACCUGCGUUCUAUAACGAAAUGAAUUCAUUUCAUACAGGGGAUGGAACAAAUGAGGACACAAAUGAACCAGAUUACAAAAAACUGUACAGGUACCUUUUUUUUACUUGAACUCAUGGUUUAAAAACCAUUAUUACCUGAAUUUCCCCACGCGGUACAAUAAAGGCUGUUUCUAUUCUAUUCUAUUACAAAAAGAGUUGUAACUGUAUUAACAUGGCUGACCUUGUCUAAAAUGUUUUAUUAAUUUAUCUUGGUAAUCUGUAUUAUAGUGUAAACAUUUAAUCUUGUACAGAUGGUAGCAGCUCUGGUUGAUGAGGUCUGAAUAAGUUAUUUGAAGUUUGGUGAUAUUUAAUGGGAUACUCUGGUCAUCUUUCAGGUGAUUUUCUGUGUAACUGUUUUCAAUCGUUAGCAUUUUAUCAGUCAGCGUAUGAAGUGUGGAGAAAGAUGCAAAAAUCUUUGACCAAGCUGGACUAAAGGCUAGCCAAACAAGCAAGAUGUUUUUAUGGUUUUUAAUCUUGUGAAGCAACUCUUUAACAAAACAACACAUUCAGCCAUUAUAAGCAUGAUGUGCAGUCAUAUUACUGCAGUAACAGAUAUUAGAAGCCCCUAGCCUAGCCUGGACAUAGACAUACUUCCUCCUCCUCAGUGACUGUUGCCACAGCUGAUAUAACGUCCUAACCAUGGAAAACUUUUUGACAGAACAUUGUUUCAAAGUUGCCUGGAUGGUCUCUAAAAUGUGCUGCAAUACAUAGUCAUUGUGUUCACAUGCUCAUUUUAUUAUUCUGAAUUCAUUUUAACAGUUCAUAUAAACAUUACUGAUACCUGAA